AUGAAAGGCCACGAAAUUUCCACUUGUAAGAGGCGCGAGUAUAAUAACGCCAGAGCUCAAGGGUUUCAAAAUUCCCCGCGCGUCAAUUUUGUUGAACUGCCUCAAAAGGAAGUAGGCUAUGAUGAAGUCGAUGAGGGUCAUAAACAGGGUAACCAGCCCCAAACUCGCACCCUCUCUAAUUCACUGAGCCACGAACAGGGUAACCAGCCCCAAACUCUCGCUCAUCCUAAGGGUCAUGAACAGGGUAACCAGUCCCAAACUCGCACCCUCUCUAAUUCACUGAGCCACGAACAGGGUAACCAGCCCCAAACUCUCGCUCAUCCUAAGGGUCAUGAACAGGGUAACCAGUCCCAAACUCGCACCCUCUCUAAUUCACUGAGCCACGAACAGGGUAACCAGCCCCAAACUCUCGCUCACUCUAAGAGUUCUAAACAGGGUAAUCAACCCCAAACUCUCAAUCAUUCCAAAGAGGUGUAUGAAGUUCAUAUUGAUACUACGAAACGGCUUUUACCGCAUGUCCUGCUAGAGUCUCAAGCCUCAGAUAUUCCUCUAUCUCUGCUAGUCGAUUCGGGCUCCGCCAUUUGCCUCAUAAAAGAAUCAAGUAUCCGAUCUAAUCAAAAACUAAUUAAAGAACCUAUCAAACUCAAGGACGAAGAUCUCAUGGACCUACUCGUAUCACCACCUUCUUUCAACCCUGACGAGUUAACUGCAGAUAUUCAGGAUCCCUGUGAAUAUGACACCGCCGAAUUGGCACAGUCGUCUGACCCUAUCAUAGAACCUACUCUACCAACUGACCCUCCUUCAAAAGAUCCCAUAGAUCUAUUAGUACCACCUAAUGAUUUUAAUCCCGAUGACUUAAUCAUAACCUCCCAAGAUCAAGGUGAGCCUGUUAGAACUGAAAGUCAAAAUACACCUAACCUCAUCGUAGAGCCCGGUCCUCCUACAGACGAUUCUCUUAAUCUAAACCUACCUGAUGAUGACUAUCCCGCAUUCUUGAAAAUAAUUGCAGUAGAUAUUUCCCAUUUUAAACCACACAUCAAAAAUAUUGAAACUACCUUAGAAACCUUGAAACAUCUUUGUAAACAAACCAGAAUUGAACAAAUAGAUCAGGAAUGUCAUAAUUUAUUACAACCGAUAUCGGCACGAUUCCAAGAUAUGAGUAAGGAGUUCUCUGCUAUUUCCCAUCUUCUAGACAAUAGAUCCAAGCGCAGUGCCUGGAUAGGUGUCAUAGGAACAGCAAUGAAACACAUAUUCGGUUCAUUGGACGAGAAUGAUGGUAUGAGGUAUAAUGAAGCCAUUACGACUUUACAAAAUGAUGAAAAACGGUUAGCCACGUUGAUGAAAGAAAAUAUCCUAGUUACUUCUUCUACUUUAAAGAUACAUAAUGAUAGUUUAUUUAAGAUUAGAGAAAAUGAGAAUAAUCUCGUUGUAGCUAUUGACAAGCUCUCUUUAAGUAUAAAAAACAUUAGUGAAUUAACUAACGGUCUGCAGAUCCUCAUUAAUGUUAACGAAGUAUUUAACGCUAUAGAAACUGCCAUAAUUACUCUGUCCUUUCAGCUGGAAGAUGUCACUAACGCCAUAAUGUUUAGUAGUCAAAAUGUUCUCCACCCAUCAGUUAUAACUCCUAAGCAGUUAUAUCAAGAGCUUGUCGAUAAUUACAGACAUUUGUCUAAUGAUCUAGAAUUACCUGUAGCAUUAAAUAUUGAUUCUAUACAUUUAAUUCUAAGUAUAUCUAAAACAGUUUGUUUUUACAUUAGAGAUAAGAUUGUAUUUGUCUUAGAGGUACCGCUAGUUAACACGAAAGAAUAUGUAUUAUUCCAUAAUAUAGCUAUUCCGACGCCACAUAAUCCUAAGGAACCUAAUUCAUUUACUUUAAUAAUCCCUGAAAAUAAGUAUAUAGCAAUGACCAUAGACAAAUCGCAUUAUUGUGUGUUUAAUGAUCUUGGAGUGUGUAAGUCUGUAGGCACAGGAAACUUCAUUUGUGACCUCCAGAAUGUGUAUUCUACGGAUGCAAAACCUAUUUGUGAAAAUUCAGCUGUAUUAAAACAGCUUUUCAUUCAUGAAUCUAUCUGUAAGUAUAAAUUGACAAAAUACAUAUUAUAUAUUUUGUUUCCAGGUGAAAGCAACGACCCCAAAAAUGGAUCGCAAUGGCUAUUUUUUUUACGUUACAUCAACCGCUAA